GACCGCCGUGCGUGUGUGUGUGCGUAUCGGCCGAGUCUUCUGCGCGUCACCGUCGCCGUCCAUAUGCGUCGUAACUCGUCGCGCGCAUAAUAUUGUUAUUAUUACUAUUACUAUUAUUACUGUUGUUGUUAUUGCGGUGCGGCUGAUAAAAAUCCGAGUGAAAAACCGAAAGGGUACGUCGCGCCCGAAGAGACCGUUUCGUAUUCGUCGCUGUGGCCGCUGCCGGAGCGCCGACGGACGACAGACAAUGUUGACGGGCUGAGCCGGGCUGUGCGCGCCGUUCGUUCCCCGAGACGUUUUUCAUUCAUUUCCCGGACGCCUCUGGCGGUGCGCGCGCGCGCGCGCGCGACAGUCGUAAUAUCCGCGCAACGACCGUGCGCCGAUCGCGCGAUUGCCCUGCGUACCCGUCGUCGGCGGCCGCGCGCCGACAGGUUUUCCGGGGACGCUUUUGUCGUCCGCCAUGGACUCGUUGCGCGAACAGGUGAUGAUCAACCAAUUCGUGCUGGCCGCCGGAUGCGCAAGAGACCAGGCCAAGCAGUUGCUGCAGGCCGCCCACUGGCAAUUCGAGACUGCAUUGAGUAUAUUUUUUCAAGAUUCUUCUGUAUCAAGUUGCAGUCAAAAUUCAGCACAGUUUGGAUUUGGACAAAUGACACCAUGUAAUACCCCAGCUACACCACCCAAUUUUCCUGACACUCUAAUUGCCUUUUCACGUAUGACAACUUCAUCAGAAAAUUCAAAAUUGGGAUCAUCACCAAGUAUGUCUGUUUCUCCUCAAAAUAGAACCUCACUAGAAAACAGUCAAUCAAAGAGGCAUCCAUAUGCACAUUUAGCGCCAAACACAGUUUCAAAUAACACAUAGGGAACAAUCAUGUAUAUUUGUUAUUUUUAAUAUAAACUUAGCCAUAUUAUUGUUUUAGUGUCCAAAGAUGACACAUGCUUUUUGUAACUUUUUACUCUAGAAUAAUAUUGUUUAGAGAUAUUUUAUCAUUUGAUUGUUAUUAUAUAUAUUAUCAUUUUUUUUAUUUAUUAUUUUAUUUCUGUUAGAAGAUAUUUUCAUUAGAAUAAGUUAUUUAUGAAAUAUAAUAAAUACUCAAUUUAAAAUUAAGUUUAAUAUAUUGUAAUCAUAAUUCAAUUUCUGUCAAAAACCACUCUGUUAUUGCAAGAUGCUUAACAUAAUAAUUAUAUUAGUUUUUGAUUAAAGAGAAAGAUCAAACUUGACAUUAUUUUUUUUAUUAUUAUAUAUAUUUUUUUUUAUACACAUAAAUAAUUUAUAUUAUAAUAGGUAAUAUCUUAUUUUUGUUUGUACAACUCAAAAUUUCAUUAUGACUGCGUAUCGAGUUUAACAAAUACAUUACACAACAACAAUAAUAAUAUGUCCUAACAGUAUAAUAUGUGAUACAUAACUGUUGAGGUGUAAUGACUAAACUUAUUAUAAUUAAAAAUAAAAUAUAAAAUUGUAAUAAAGUAUAUAUAUUAUUUUGUUUGAAAA